AUGGGUUUUUGUUGGAGCGGGGAGUGUGGCAACAGGCCUUGCUGGGCAGACCAUUAUAUGUCCUGCCAUAGUGGUUGGGUGGGCCCCACUGUGCUGCUCUGCAUCUAUGGUUUCUGUUCCAUGAUGAGGCCCAUAGAGCCCUUCUUUACGGAGUUUCUCACGACUUACAAGAAUCUCACCACGGAGCAGGUGAAUAGACAGGUGUAUCCCGUGUGGACGUACUCCACCCUGGUUCUCCUGAUUCCGGUCCUCCUGGUGACGGACCUCCUGAGAUACAAGCCUGUUAUCGUCCUCCAGGGGCUCAGCUAUGUCACGGCAUUUCUGCUGGUUACUGUGGGCUCUGGGGUCCGUUCAGCUCAGUUGGCCUUCUUCAUCUACAGCAUCGCCAUGGCAGCAGAUGUGGCCUAUUUCUCUUACAUUUACGGGAUUGUCCAGCCCUGCCGCUAUCAAAGAGUGACCAGUUAUGUCAGGGGGUCCAUACUUGUGGGUUUUGCUGCGGGUGCCCUACUGGCUCAGCUGCUGGUAUCUUUAACUGAUGUGUCACUGUAUUGUUUAGCAGUUGUAACUCUAAUCUCAGUCUCUGUAGCACUGAUGACCUCUUUUAUUCUGCCUAUGCCCGAGGCAAGUUUAUUUAUUAAAGAAACACAUUCUGCACGCCAGGGAACAACUGGCGAGGACACUAACAACCCUGAGAAUCACAAUUCUUUCAUCUGGAAAAAGAGUGCGUCAUAUAUUGGAAGGAUGUUCAAAAGGCUCUUAUCAGACUGUAAGGAAUGUUUUUCUUCUGUGGCUCUGAUCUUCUUCUGCAUUUGGGGAGCUACAGCGAGAUGUGGAUAUUACCAGGUUGCUAGCUACGUUCAGGUGUUCUGGGUCAACUUGCAGCCUCAAAACUUCACCGCCUACAAUGGAGCUGUGGAUUCCAUCAGCACUUUGACAGGAGCUGCAGCUACAGUUGCUGUGGGCCAUGUGUCCCUGGAGUGGUCUGUGUGGGGAGAACUGGUCCUGGGGGGUUUCACACUCGUGAUCGCAGGAGUUCUAUUCCUGAUGGAUCUGACCGCCAACAUCUGGGCUUCGUACCUCUGCGUCAUCAUCUUCAAAACAGUUUACAUGCCGCUUGCCACCAUCUGCUCUUUUCAGAUAGCCAAGAUGCUGACUAGGGAGCGCUACGCAUUGGUUUUUGGCACAAAUAGUUUUGUGGGCACCGUCCUACAGAGCGUCCUCACUGUCGUCGUCAUCAACACCAAGACUCUGCAGCUCACCAUCACCUCUCAGUUCUUCGUGUAUGCUUCGUACUUUGCUGUCAUUUCCCUGGUGUUCAUGGUCAGAGGUGUGUACACUGCGCUGCACAACUACCAGGCCUCUACAGACAACAGCACUGAUGGAGACAACAACCUGCAAGAGUGUACACGGGAAGCAGUAAACAUGGCUCAGAUUGUCGAACUGCACUUCCCUGAUGUUGCCACUAGAGGACGCCCUCUCCACAGUGAAGGACAACAUGCUACACAUCAGCUCUGGUUCAGACCUCAGAUAAACAUGAUGUCCUGUUCCCAAAUGAGGAAACGAGAGAAGUGGUGGAGUAAGCGUUCAAGUCCAAGGGAAGAGUAA